AUGUAUAAAAGUGGGAUGGUUCCAGGCAAGACACCAUUAGUUGCAUCGGUGCUCUGAAUUGUUUCGUAUCGUGGAAUAGAAAAAAGCAUUAACACACAGAUGGCGAAGAUGCGCAACCAUGCGUCGGCAGUGUGUACGAUUUUGUUUAUCUUAGUGAUUGUGACCGGUGCCCAGCGUGAGCCAUGUGCGGGUAUACCUGACGGAACGUUUGUCAAUGAUUUCACGAGCUGCGAGGGUUAUUUCCUGUGUCUCGGUGGCGUGGCGACACCAGCCCAGUGCCCGCCCGGAUUUUACUUCCACGAGGCACAGCAACUGUGCGAUUUUCCGCAGAACGUUUUCUGUCACGUGUGUAACCUGCCGACCGGCGUUCAGCUGUUUCCGCAUCCAACCAAUUGUGACCAGUUCAUUACCUGUUCGAGCGGCAUUUCGUUUGUGGGCAACUGCAAGCCCGGUGAAACGUACGAUGCAGCGCUGCAAGCAUGCAAAGCCGAAUUUCGCGUAGAUUGUGAACGCUUCCGCUGCCCGGAAGUGGACAAUCCGAACAUGGUCAUCUUUAUUCCGGGCAUCCAAUCGUGCGAUGAGUACUUCAUCUGUCAGGCUGGUACACCCGUACAGCGGUUCUGCGCACCGGGAUUGCACUGGAACCGUCAAGCCGAGCGAUGUGACUUUCCCGAGCUGGCUCAGUGUCCAUUAUAACAAAAUAAUGUAAUCCUAUGCGCUUCAACGAAAAGAUUAGUGGUAUUAAAUACGUAUUAACAUAGAUAAGGUAUCAUUGCACAUGGCUGUACCGUACUGUACCGUCUAGCACUCUCGCAAAAUAAAACAUAAGUGUGUUAAUCUUAGGAAAAUUUCAA